AUGGCGACGCCUGGACCAGCACCACCACGAACCUUGCGCGGUCUUGCUCCCCAUUUCUUCCCCACCUCCCGCACUCCAACACGCUCCCGCCGUCCCCCUAUGGUCGUGAAAAUAGACAGCGUAGAAGAAGACAAGACUGCACAUUUUCGAUCUGAGACAUUGACGCCAGAUGGGCUCAGGGCGGCGGCGCAAGACCACCUCAAAACUCAACGCCGAGCCCUAUUCACACAAACCGAAACACUUGCGCAAAAGCACCGCCAGCUGACUGCUUUCCAGCAUCGAAUCGCUGCUGCCGAACGCCGUGUAAACGCUCUUCGGCGACAAAUCGCUGUUUUGGAGGCGAAAAGGAGAGACCAAGGCAGUUGGGCAUUCCGCACCGUUAGGUGGGUAUAUACGAGUCUUUGGGAUGCCUUUGUCUUCAUCUGUGCAUGGUUAUUCUUCACUUGCCGCUUAUGGGGCCUCUAA